GGGUGUGCUGUGUGUGUUGCCGAGUUCUCCGGAAUAGCGACCAGGAUCAAAGCGUGUUAAUCGUGCUCGUGCUGAAAUUUUGUGUUCACAACCCUUUUGCCAUAAAACAGAGAAAUGUUCCGAUUGCCAACAGUGUUACGUGUGGCUGCCGCCCGUCAAAUUGCGGCUACUCGAGGCUACGCAAAGGAUGUACGCUUCGGACCAGAAGUGCGCGCCCUCAUGCUGCAGGGUGUGGAUGUGCUGGCUGAUGCCGUUGCCGUUACGAUGGGUCCAAAGGGCCGUAAUGUCAUCCUCGAGCAAAGCUGGGGCUCGCCAAAGAUCACCAAGGAUGGUGUGACCGUGGCGAAGGGAAUCGAGCUGAAGUGCAAAUUCCAAAACAUCGGCGCCAAGCUGGUGCAGGAUGUGGCGAACAACACGAACGAGGAGGCCGGUGACGGCACCACAACUGCCACGGUGUUGGCUCGAGCCAUCGCGAAGGAGGGCUUCGAGAAGAUCUCGAAAGGCGCCAACCCGAUCGAGAUCCGUCGUGGUGUUAUGCUGGCCGUCGACACCGUGAAGGAACACCUGAAGACGCUCUCACGCAAGGUUAACACGCCUGAGGAAAUUGCCCAGGUAGCGACAAUCUCAGCAAACGGAGACCGCGCCAUUGGCGAUCUGAUCAGCGAGGCGAUGAAGCGUGUCGGCAAGGAAGGUGUGAUCACGGUCAAGGACGGUAAGACGCUAAACGAUGAGCUCGAGGUGAUCGAGGGCAUGAAGUUCGAUCGAGGCUACAUUUCGCCGUACUUCAUCAACUCGAGCAAGGGCGCGAAAGUGGAGUUCCAGGAUGCACUCGUCCUGUUCUCGGAGAAGAAAAUCUCAACGGUGCAAUCGAUCAUUCCGGCCCUCGAGUUGGCGAACCAGCAACGCAAGCCGUUGGUUAUCAUCGCGGAGGAUGUGGAUGGCGAAGCGCUCAGCACGCUCGUUGUGAACCGUCUGAAGAUCGGCUUGCAGGUGGCGGCCGUCAAGGCUCCCGGCUUCGGGGAUAACCGCAAAUCGACGCUGUCUGACAUGGCGAUCAGCGCCGGAGGCAUCGUGUUCGGUGACGAUGCGAACCUGGUGAAGCUGGAGGACGUGCAGCUGUCCGAUUUGGGCCAGGUGGGUGAGAUCACCAUCACGAAGGACGAUUGUCUGUUGCUGAAGGGACGUGGCAAGCAGGAUGAUGUGAACCGUCGUGCGGAACAGAUCCGUGAUCAGAUCGCCGAAACGACGUCGGAGUACGAGAAAGAGAAGCUUCAGGAGCGUCUGGCCCGGCUCUCAUCCGGUGUGGCCGUGCUGAAGGUGGGUGGCUCAAGCGAGGUAGAAGUGAACGAGAAGAAGGACCGUGUAAAUGAUGCACUCUGCGCGACUCGGGCCGCCGUUGAGGAGGGCAUCGUGCCUGGAGGUGGCACCGCACUUAUCCGCUGCUCCCCGGCGCUCGCCAACCUGAAGGGAUUGAACGAGGAUCAGAACACGGGCAUCGAGAUUGUGCGCCGUGCGCUGCGUAUGCCGUGCACGCAGAUUGCCAAGAAUGCCGGUGUGGACGGAUCAGUCGUCGUGGCGAAGGUGGAGGAACUGCAGGGCGAUUUUGGUUACGAUGCGCUGAACAACGAGUACGUCAACAUGAUCGAGAAGGGCAUCAUCGACCCGACGAAGGUGGUCCGAACGGCACUCUCGGACGCGUCCGGUGUUGCGUCGCUGCUCACUACGGCUGAAGCCGUCGUCACGGAAAUCCCGAAGGAGGAACCGGCCGGUGGUCCGAUGGGUGGUAUGGGUGGAAUGGGCGGCAUGGGAGGUAUGGGUGGUAUGGGUGGUAUGAUGUAAAGCACAAGUAGCAUAACCUUACAGAAGGAAUGAAGCUGCCUUAGAAAAUUUGUCAGCAAACCGGAGAGACGCCGAUUUCGACGAGAAAGUCCUAGCAAACACAUCACCGGAAUCGGACGUCAUUGGUUUUGGGUUUGGCAUAUUUCCAAAGGCACCUUCAUCGUUGCUGAGUUCAAUGCAUUUACUUUUAUUUUUCAUAACCAGCAUCAGUUUACAUUGCACCGUCGGUGCAUUUACGUAUGGUCUUCACAAUUGAGUAGGGAUUCUUUGUUUGUUUUAAAUUAAAACACAAUUGCUCGCGCCUCGUCACAGGCCGUGCCACAGUAUAUCCCUGCCACGAGCAAGGAUACAUACCACCUACUGCCCGAUUAGAUUCGUAGUAAUUCCGGCCAUAGCGAACUGAACGGAAAGAACAAUCUUUAGAAUUAGUGCUACAGUAAGUGGAAAGAGUACCACGGGAACCUGGUAGAGUUUGUUACUUCGCUGAGAAUGGAAUAGAGAUAUCCUUCGCAUGGGAUGCGUUUGUUCUGUUGUUAGUCACACACAUACAGCAGCACAUACACACAGUCCAAUCCACUGUGUGAAAAUUAGCUUGUAAGAGAGAAACUAUAUCUUUACCAUUCAUCCCAAAAGCAGUUACUUCACCGAUAUGAUGCAGGUCAAAGAUGAAAAGGAGGGAUGCAAAGACUAGCAAGUAGUAGUCGUUUCAGUUGGUUUAACAGCUAAAAAGCAGAAUCAGUAAUAGCAGUAGUCUUUAAUGGUAGAUUUCGGUAGAUCAUUCUUUACAUGUUUUCGACAUUAGUUUCGUCUAUUGUUUUUUUGUUUCUUUGUUUAAGAUCGCUGUAUUUUAAUUCUCGCAUUUUAUGGUGUGGGUGGUUCAAGGAAGAAACAGCUUGCGAAACUAUGCCAAGCCACUUACGACAUUCUGUUAUACAGCAUUUCAAUUCAUUAUACUUCCAAUAAGGAUUAAGAAGCGCAGCUCUGUAGCUGAUGUGUGAACGCGUGUCGGUAAACGUGUUUGAAAUCCUCUUUAUCCCAGUGCAGGAAUCAUAAAAUCACAAGUUUCUGCAGUGUUAUUGAUGGGCGCUGAUUGAUGUUUAACAUUAGCAUGCUAAAAGGGAUUAUAAGAAGGUGAAGCAAUGACGGAGUGACUGCGUAAAAAAGGAGAAACGGUCUCGUUGUUCAUAUUUAGGAAGUUAAGGCUAGUUGAAAUCAUAUAAAUGGGAACACUCGCGUUUUCCACCAUAUUGCAUUAAUGGUCAAAAGUAUCCCAUUUUCUCUCGCGGUAGUUAUAUAGGUUCCGGGGGAGAACGCUUUCGAUAGUUGUAAUUAUUUGUUUCGAAAGUGUAUCCCUGCGGUGCACCGGAUUGUAUGGAAAAUAGCAUUUUCCAUCACGCAAGAACGGACAUCGUGAAACUAAUCGUUAAUUUCCUUCGAAGAAACCGAAAUGAAGAUGCUCUGGCGAAAUACACGGAUACUA